AUUCUUUAUUUCUGGGGCCUGAAGCCCUGAGUGCACCUCAACAGCCAUCAGUUGAUUCGAUGGUCCUUUGUACUCCCAACAGGGCUCUCUCCAGGCAAGUGGAACCGCCCACUGGCUAGAAGUUGUCCUUGUUUCAGAGGCUUUGCCCUUCCCCUGACCACGUCCCAUGGAUGGGGUGGGGCCCUGCACUUCACUGAGGCAAGCCUGGAGCUGGCAAUUGGGGGAGGGGGUCUCCAAGCGCAGCCUAACUUAGUGUGCUGUCCCCUCGCAGGAAGUCAUGUCUCCUGUCCGUGUUGCUCCUUGGCCUCUGGGGCAGUGUGGCCUGUCACGAGAGCCCUGUGGAGGACAUCUGCCUCGCCAAGCCCCGUGACUUGCCCGUGAACCCCAUGUGCAUCUACCGCUCCCCCGAGAAGAAGACAGCAGAAGAGGAGCAGUCAGAGCCCAAGCUCCCCGAGGCCACCAACCGGCGGGUCUGGGAACUGUCCAGGGCCAAUUCCCGCUUCGCCACCACCUUCUACCAGCACUUGGCGGGCUCCAAGUCGAACAAUGACAACAUCUUCCUGUCGCCCCUCAGCAUCUCCACGGCUUUUGCUAUGACCAAGCUCGGCGCCUGUAACGACACCCUCAAGCAGCUGAUGGAGGUGUUUAAGUUUGACACCAUCUCUGAGAAAACAUCUGAUCAGGUCCACUUCUUCUUUGCCAAACUGAACUGCCGACUGUACCGCAAAGCCAACAAGUCCUCCAAGUUGGUGUCUGCCAAUCGCCUUUUCGGAGACAAAUCCCUCACCUUCAACGGGACCUACCAGGACAUCAGUGAGGCCGUGUACGGGGCCAAGCUGCAGCCCCUGGACUUCAAGGGCAGCGCCAAGCAGGCCAGGGCCGUCAUCAACGACUGGGUCUCCAACAAGACCGAAGGCCGCAUCCAGGAGGUGCUCCCCGAGGGCGCCGUCGACGAGCUCACCGUCCUGGUGCUGGUGAACACCAUUUACUUCAAGGGCUUGUGGAAGUCCAAGUUCAGCCUUGAGAACACGAGAGAUGAGCUGUUCUUCAAGGCCGACGAGGCCUCCUGCUCAGUGCCGAUGAUGUACCAGGAAGGCAAGUUCCGCUAUCGGCGUGUGGCAGAGGGCACCCAGGUGCUGGAGCUGCCCUUCAGAGGGGAUGACAUCACCAUGCUGCUCAUCCUGCCCCAGCCCGGGAAGAGCCUGGCCAAGCUGGAGCGGGAGCUCAGCCCCGAGACGCUGCAGGAGUGGCUGGACGAGCUGGGGGAGACCCUGCUGGCGGUCCACAUGCCGCGCUUCCGCAUCGAGGACGGCUUCAGUCUGAAAGAGAAGCUGCGAGUCAUGGGCCUUGUGGAUCUGUUCAGCCCUGAAAAGUCCCAGCUCCCAGGCAUUGCUGCAGGCGGCAGGGAGGAGCUCUACGUGUCCGACGCGUUCCAUAAGGCGUUUCUCGAGGUGAACGAGGAGGGCAGUGAAGCAGCCGCAAGCACCGCCGUCGUCAUCGCUGGCCGUUCGCUGAACCUGAACAGGGUGACCUUCAAGGCCAACAGGCCCUUCCUGGUUCUCAUCCGGGAAGCCGCUCUGAACACCAUCAUCUUCAUGGGCAGAGUAGCCAACCCUUGUGUCAGAUAGAGUAGUCUUACUCUUUGUAUUUCUUCCUAUUUUGGUUUGUGAACAUGACUAAAAUAAAGACAGCUGCUCCCAUCUCA